GCUCCCUCGUGUCGUGUCCCCCGCCCAGUGUAAUCUCGCGGGCGCGCUCCCUGACCGACCACCCGGCGAGCGGCGCGCUCGCUCACAGCAGAAGGCGGGAGAGCGGGAACGUGCGCUGUGACUGAGAGCGAUGUAAGAGCCCGACAACAGCGGCGAGGGAGGCGACUCCUGUGGACCAGGCAGUGGACGGAAGAUGCCGAUCCUAAGCGGCACAUGGAGUCCUUGCCGUACAAGGGGGAGGAGGAGUUUGGAGAUGUCCUCUCGGACCUUGUCUCUACGGCUGGACUCAUAAGGAGCAGGAUUCCCACUAAGAAUAUUAGAAGACGUUGGGGAAAGGGAAAUUGUUCUCUGGUCAAGCCAACUAAAGACGUAAUUUCUCCUUACACCUCUGGAGGAGUCUCAGAUUCUUCUCAAUUUCUGGUUAGAAGAAAAAUUCAACAAAUUUGUUUCUCAUAUUCUACAUGAUGAUGAGUCUCACAGGAGAGAGACCCCAUCUGUGCUCUGAGUGUGGCAAAGGCUUUACAUUUAAAUCACGUCUUCUCAUGCAUCAGAGGAGUCACACAGGAGAGAAACGAUUUACAUGUUCUGAGUGUAGCAAGUCUUUUUCCCAAAAAUCACAGCUUGUCAUACAUCAGAGGAGUCACACAGGAGAGAAAUCAUUUACAUGUUCUGAGUGUACCAUGUGUUUAUCCUCCAAGCAACACCUUGUUAUACAUAAGAGGACACACACAGGAGAGAAACCAUAUAAAUGUACUGAAUGUGGCAAAUGUUUCAUCUCCAAAUCUAAACUUGUUACACAUCAGAGGAUACACACCGGAGAGAAACCAUAUAAAUGCUCUGAAUGCAGUAAGCGUUUUUACCAAAGGGCACAGCUUGUUUAUCAUCUGAAGAUUCACACAGGGGAAAUAACAUUUAAAUGUUCAGAAUGUAGCAAAUGUUUUUCCCGGAAACUACAGCUGCUUGUACAUCAGAGGAGUCACACAGGAGAGAAACCAUAUAAAUGCUCUGAAUGCAGCAAGUGUUUCAUCUCCAAGCAACAACUUGUUAUACAUCAGAGGCGUCACACAGGAGAGAGACCAUUUAAAUGCUCUGAAUGCAGCAAGUGUUUCAUCUCCAAGCAACAUCUUGUUAUACAUCAGAGGAGUCACACAGGAGAGAAACCAUUUAAAUGCUCUGAAUGCAGCAAGUGUUUUUCCCGUAAGUCACUUCUUCUCAAUCAUCAGAGGAUUCACACAGGAGAGAAACUUUAUAAAUGUUCUAAAUGUGAAAAGUGUUAUUGCCACCAGACGCAGCUUAUUUAUCAUCAGAAGAUUCACACAGGAGAAAAACCAUUUACAUGUUCUGAAUGCAGCAAGAGUUUUUACCUUAAGUCACAGCUUGUUAUACAUCAGAGGAGUCACACAGGAGAGAAACCCUUUAAAUGUUCAGAAUGCAGCAAAUGUUUUUCCCAUCAGACCUCUUUUCUCCGUCAUCAGUUGAAUCACAUAGCAGAGAAACCAUUUAAAUGCUUUGAAUGCAGCAAGUGUUUUUCUCGUAAGUCAGGUCUUGUCAGUCAUCAGAGGAGUCACACAGGAGAGAAACCAUUUAAAUGCUCCGAAUGCAGCAAGUGUUUUUCUCGUAAGCCAACUCUUGUUAGUCAUCAGAGGAGUCACACAGGAGAGAAACCAUUUAAAUGCUCCGAAUGCAGCAAAUGUUUUUCCUAUAGGUCAGGUAUUUUCAAACAUCGGAGGAGUCACACAGGAAAUAAACUAUAAACAUACUGUGAAUGCAGGUAGAGUGUAGAACAACAGUACUUAUUUGUGCUGCCAUUACUGAGCUCUGUAAUAUACAGCUGUGCAGCUCAUGGUAAAGGAACGAGCUUUCUAUCCAGUAAUAAGUUCCAUCAACUCCUCUCAGUACUGGUAUUCCGUUUCAGACUGGCAGAGCUAUGACUGCUAUAUGUUCUGCAGGAACCCUGCACGCUGCCCUCUAUAAACCUACAGGUUUCCUCUGUUCUCCUAAUUAUUCUUUCCCUCAUGCCUCUCUAUUGCUGCCUUACCUCCCUCUAUUUGGAGUGCAAUGUAUUACUUGUAUCACUAAGGGCUAUAUUAUUUUGCAGUCAGAUCCUCUCCGACGGAGAGGAUCCGACUGCAGCCUAUUCAGAAGCGGGCAGUUUCCCCAUCCCUUUCGACCAUUCACUUCCGCCUACUCUUAUGGGUGACAAUGAAUGGCUGAAAAUGGCCCGGCGCUGUCGAAAAUCACAUGGAUAAGCAGAGAUUCCGCUCAUCCACGUGUUUUUUUUGACUUGUCAGUUUCCGACAGGGCGGAAAACUGGCACAUCAAUUAAAUGUUGAAGUGUCAGAAAGUUCACAUCAUCGGUGGAAAGUGACGACUUUCCACCCUGUCGGAACUUCUGAAACUAAUUGAAUACUGCCCAUAGUAACCAA